AUGAAUUCUGACGAAAGGAAUACAAAUUUGAAAGAUAGUGAUGUAGAGCGCUCACAUUUUGUGGCAGUCACCACCAUAUCGGACUCACAGGCGAUUCGCAGCGUGGAUUUUCAUCCAGAUGGAAAGCUUUAUGCGGUCGGAUCGAAUUCAAAAACCUUCCGCAUCUGUCAAUAUCCCCAACUAUCUAAAUUAAGACAAGAUCAGCAUAUUUAUCCACCAUCCGUUUUGUGCAAGCGGACAAAGCACCACAGAGGCUCCAUAUAUUGUACAUGUUGGUCGGCAGAUGGCGAACUCAUUGCGACUGGGUCAAAUGACAAGACCAUCAAGUAUAUGAGAUUCAAUAAGGACACCAAUCAACUGGUGGGUCAGGAAGUUGAACUGAAUAUGCACGAUGGCACCGUUCGGGACAUGUGUUUCCUUGACAACCCAUCGACCAAAUCACGACUGCUCGUCAGCGGCGGGGCUGGCGACUGCAAGAUCUAUGUUACGGAUUGUGUGACGGGUAUGCCGUUUCAGGUAUUUAGUGGCCAUACUGGGCACAUCUCAUCGUUAUAUAGCUGGAACAAUGCAAUGUUCGUAUCGGGAUCGCAGGAUCAAACAAUACGGUUCUGGGAUCUGAGAGUUAACGAUGCCGUUAAUACUUUCGAUCAGGCUGGAGCCAUACAAAACUCGCCGGUAACUGCAGUCUGUGUGGAUCCGACUGGGCGAUUACUGGUCUCAGGACACGCAGAUAGCGCUUGUGUCCUCUACGACAUUCGCGGCAACAGGCUAAUACAACGCUUCUAUCCGCAUAGCGCCGAAAUAAGAUGCAUACGCUUCUCACCAUCGGCGUAUUAUAUGCUCACAUGCAGCUACGAUAGCACUAUUAAGCUAACCGAUUUACAGGGUGAUCUUGCCAAUGACAUCGCAUCCGUUGUUGUGGCAAAGCAUAAAGACAAGGCGAUUACAAUCAGAUGGCAUCCAACGGACUUUUCCUUCAUUUCCACAUCUGCGGACAAGACUGCCACAUUGUGGGCCCUACCUCCAUCUUAAUUUAUUUGAUAAUCCAUCACACAAAUAUAACCGUAACAGUAGUA